AUGGCCCCUAGCCAACGCAUCGGAACCACAGUAUAUAACCAGACGCACAAGAUGGCGGACUCACCCCCCUGCCACAGCCAAGCAAAGCGACUACACACACAAUGCAGACCGGUGUCCCAGGGGGGCCUAGAGGCAAAGCUCGAUGCUAUCCUGAGCGCCUUCUGGGCGAAGCUGGCGGCAAAAACAGCAAGUCCCCAACGGGAACCCCCAGCAAAAGACCAGAGGCAGGCAGCACGGAAGGGCCGCGGAUCACGAAGCGGCAUCCAACGGUGUCCAGUACCCGCCACUAGUGGCAACCGCCUCCUUGGGCCGGGAGCCACCAAGAGAACAGCUCGCUGGCAGCAACCAGGUAAACAGAGCAUGCCACCCACAACUACAAGCCACCAACUAGGGCGAUCAUCGCUGAUGAAGGGGAGGCCCCCACAGUGGCGAUCAAGCAAACGACGAGGUACAGCGACAUGCAAACUGACACAGGGGAAGGUGCAGAGAAUGACCAAAAUUGGACCCCCUGAAACCACCUGGCCUCACUGGCCCCCACGUGAGCUCAUGGCCUUGAGGGACUGCCUAGCAGAUUACCUGCACUUCCCGAUAUCAGGAGUCGGUUGA